GUAAACUUGCUGAAAAAAUAAAUAGAGAACGAGAGAUUGAAAAAAAACUAUUGGUGACGUUUACGCAAAGUGUGAUUCAUAUGGAUUUUUGGAUGUUUGAAUUCUUAUUUUUUUAUUUCAUUUUGAAUAUUUAAUUAAUUAUACGUAUUCAUUUGUUUUGAUCUGAUCAAAUGAUUUGAAAGAUAAACAUGGCACAAAAAACGCUGGAUGUUGAGUUAAUUUUGUUUGAUAUCUUGGAUGAUAUUUUUAAAUACUUAAGUCUCAAAGAUUUGUAUCAGGUAGCAUUAGUUUGCAAAUCCUGGAACGAUACAGCAAGUAAAGAAAUAGCAAGACGGAGUGAUAUUGAAAAUUUCAUUUUACCAAUAGCAAGAACUAAAGACAAUAGUCAAUUAAGUAUGUGCCAUUUAACUGAUGCAGUAAGAUCAUUCCCAAGAUUGGUACUAUUAUUUUCUGAUGGAAAAAGUCCACCUUGUGAUGAUAUUGAAGACAUUUGUGUUUAUCAAUGCAAGUGUAUGGAACGAAAAACUAAUUUCAUAAACAUUGCUUCACAAGGAGUUGCUGUCAAUGACACUCAAAUUGUGGGUCAAGAUAAUGUCGAAGUUGGAAUUACAAUACCUUAUCCUAAUAAAAUCAAUAAAUUGAAAAUAAAUUAUUUUCUUCCGGAUGAUGAAGUAUUAUUAAUUCAUAAAGCACAAAAUUCUCUAGAAUCAUAUGUUAAAGAUGCUUACAGAGACUUGGUUACUUCUGAAGAGGACCAUAACUGUUUUAUAUUCUUUUAUUCCCAAAGUUGCUUAUAUACUGAACAUUAUCAAAGAAACUCAUAUAUUAGAAAAUUUACUGCAGAUUUAUUAACAUGUAUAAAGCAAAGGCAUUCUGUCAAAACUUUUACUUUAUGGGGAGGAGAAAUAUCAACUAUCAUUACAGAUUUUUGUGGACGGGACGGUAUACUUGCAUCUUCAGCUUUCUACUUAAGAUUAUCUGGACCAGGAGUUAAAUCUUGGUCCCUUGUGAUUGAUUCAAAUGCACCAAAUUCAGAAGUUAAAACUAGAUUUGAAGAUUUAAAAAAGCAACUAUCUGUAAAUCGUACAACAAUGGCUCUUGCUAUGGUGCCUUCUAAGCAAAAAGAACCUUUUGAACAACUAAUUUCAAAGGUUUCAAUGUUUAGAACUACUUUUCCAGGUAUUCCAUUAACAACUAUUUUUACUGGUGAAGAGUUUUUUCAAAUUGGUUUUAAUUCAACAAAUACUGAAGACCCUGAUCCAGUUUUGGAGCACGAGAAUUCUUAUUCAUUUUUAAUAUUUACAACUAAAUAAAUCUUGAAACAAUGAAAAAUAUUUUAAUAAUAGCACCAUUGAAGACAAGAUGUUUUGAAUUCAUCAUUCCAACAACUUAAAUUUUAUCUUCUAAAAUAUAUAUUUCAGAUGCUGUGUAUUAUAAUAUAAUUAUAUUUUUACAAUUGAUUCCUUUAAUAAAAUUUUUAAACUAUUGUCCAUUUUUGAUCAAACGAAACAUAAUUGAAUGCUGUAUGUAUUGAAUAAGUAA